AUUCAGUAGCCUUCGAGCAGUCUACAACAGAAGUGCACGAUGAGAGUUCUGAUUGUCGCCGCCGCCGUCCUCGCUUGCGCCGCAGCCGCGCCCUCCGGCGCCCUGCUGGGUCAUGGUUUGGGUUACGCUGCCGCCCCCCUGGCACUCGCCCAUGCCCCUGUGGCCGUAGCGCAUGCCGCUGCUCUGCCCACCAUCUCUUCCGGAGACAUCCAAGGUGCCGCCAUCGACGCGCACGUUGACGCGUCUGACCAUGCCCGCGCCGCGAUCGAUGCUGCCCGUCAAGCUCAUGAUCAACACUCCGAAUUGGCCGGAAAAGCUGUGAACGCCGCUGAGAGCCACUCCUGGCAAGCGUUGGACGCCGUGAAGACUCAUGAAGCUCAAUUAGACGGACAUGCCGCUGGUGUCGCCCCCGUGUUGGCUAAACAGCUCGCUGGACAUGCUGCAUACGCCGCUCCCGUGGUGAGUCAUGCCGCAUACGCCGCCUCCGCGGUGAGCCAUGCCGCAUACGCUGCCCCCGUGGUGAGCCAUGCCGCAUACGCCGCCCCCGCGGUCCACGCUUACGGCGCCGCUCCCGCGGUCCAUGGCAUCGCCGCCGCCGCGUACGCCGCACCCGCCAGCCAGACUGUCGUCACCCAAUCUCUGACCCAGUCACAUCCCAGUCCCAUUGUCCACGCUCCCGUCGUCGCCCACGCCGCCCCAGUCGCUUACGCGCAUGGCGUGCACGGUCUUGCCCACGGAUUUUAAGCUGUGAUAACUAUUUAGAUACCAUAAAUGUAACACUCAGUUUCGAAUUGUAUAUAAAUUAAAUUUAAAAAAUAUACGGAUGCAAAUGAGGCGAGGUGUGUG